AUGACUUCUGAUCAAGGCCCAACGGCAGCCAACGGCGCAAACUAUCCGUCUCAUCCGGACGACUUUCGUCAGUCAUCAACCUAUGGUGUUGGCCAACCCGACUAUGACCAUAAAGCCCAGCAGCGAGCCAACUAUGCUCUCGCCCUUCAAAUGUCAUGUCGAGACGUCGUUCAAACCAUCAAGGCAAGUGACCUGCUCAUGAGCAAUGAAUGGGCAAAGCCCCUCACGCACGCCCCCAAUGCCAUCUCCAUCAUGGCUCUGUGUCUCAAAACGGCGGCUGUGCGCGAGGCUGCCAACAUCAAGGUGAGGGAUAAGGAGAUCACGGAUGAGACUGGGAAAACCAUCGGCCUGCUCCCGUCAGAGUAUUUUCGUACAAAUCUACAGCACUGUGCAGACAUCGGUAGACUUGCUUUCCUUGAUGCACAGAAACGCAUGAACAACCUCCAAAGUGUCGCUCGCAGCAUGAUUGCGCCUGAGGGCACCAUCACCUAUAUCAUCGAUCUACUCGGCGAUUUGGAAGACGCUGAGGACAAUCUUCCGGGAGCUAUGAAGCGACUGGAAACUAACGCUGAGAACUUCAAAGCUGAUGCUGAAGCUAUCACAAAGAAAUUUGAGUAUUGGGAGAGAGUGAUUAUGCAUCUCCUCAAGAACUCAAAAGACGCGGGGUCGAUGACUGAAGAGAAACGAUCUCAAAAUACUGUCGACGCUGUCAUGACAGAUGCAGAGAGACAAACUAGAGAGAGAGAGGAGGAGGAUGCCAAGCGAGCCAUUCAGGAGCAACAAAAGUUGCUUCAAAUGGCCCGCAGAGAGGUUGAAGAAGCCCAGCGAAGGUUGAAUGUGCUCCUUGAUCGGCCACCAAUUGAGGAGCCACCCGCCUGGUCCGAUAUGAAGCACGCGCGGGAGUUCGUUCCAGAUCGACCAGCACCAAGUCGUGGGCAAAAGGGCGUUUUCACCAAAGGAUUGGAAUAUGUCUUUGGCUCCUGGGACAGCGAGGUCGCAGCAGAGAACAGGCACCAUAAAGAACAUGCGGAGAGUAUCGCGAAUGAAAGACAUGCAUACAUAGCCAAAGCAGCAGAGCAGCGCGAGAUGCAGAGACGAGUGGCGCAGGCUCAAUUGGACGAAGCCAGAGGAAACGAGACGAAGCUCUGGGAAGAACUAAACAAACAGAAAGAAAAGCUCUCUAUCAGUCAUCACAGUCUCACGAAAGCCAAGCAUGAUCUCGCAAAGACCCAUGCCGAGCUUCAGCGUCUAUGCUCUGAAAAGAUUGAACUAGUAUGUCUCACCGUCCCACCCAACGCGCAUGCUUACAAGAAACAGGAGCAGAUCAUGAAGAUUCUCGAGGAGUCUAUGCGCCGCCUAACAGAGCUAAAGAAAGAAGUCGAGGAGAUGGCACUAUUUUUCAGCCGAGUGCAAACCGUCAUCACAACGACUGUAAACGAGAACUUGCAGAGUUUCCUGAACCCAAUCCAACGUGCGCUGGACAAGGGAGACAGCGUUGACAAGAUUCGUGAGAGGAGUAAGCAGAAUUUACUCAGAAACGCAUUUGAACUGCAGGGACGCUUCUCGGCUACUGCAGACGUGGCUAGCAUGUAUGUCCUUGUGUCUAACAAGUACAUCCGGCCGGGGAUCAAUAAGAUGGAGGCGCUGGCGGCUAUGAAUGACGAUGACUUUGAGCGCGGAAAGGAGGAGUUUAGGGACUGGUGCGACAGUGCAGCGGAGGAUAUUGUGCGCAUCACUGAUGGUGAGCAGUACAAGAUGGUGGAGAAUUUGACGAAGAAUGUUGAAGUCUUGAGUCAGAGGGCUAUAACAGGUGCUUUGUAG